UCACUGUUCGUUCACUGUCCAGAGGAAUCGUCGUCGACACCGUCCGAAUUCCUUGCGAAAAGAACCGUCGGUAUUUCGUAAUUUGAUUAAGAUGUCUCCAUCAGCCCCAGGCUAUUCCUCCCUCAGUGGGGAAAGUAGGCUCAAACCGGCGGCGGCGGUCACCCCUCCGGAGGUCCAAUUUCAGCGCACUGGUAAUCGGUUCUCCACGAUGGCCGAGAAUCAACACUUCCACGUUCGUUUAAAUGCGAGAUCACAUUGCACCAAAGAACAGAGCGGGGUUUUGCGCGCGGCGCGGCAUGUGUCUCAGAAAUCGAUGCAGGGAAGCCACGAACACGAGAGCCCUCGAAUUUCCAGCCGCACACGUUCCGUGCGACACCUCCUCCUCGUCGUCCGCCUUGAAGAGUCCUCCCUCCGUCGGUUUCUUUUUCACUUGUCGUCUGCUCGAACCGCGACGGAACGGCACUGCAACGUUCGUUGCCCGGUUUCUGACAUUCUCUGAAAGCCCGUGAAAAGCGACUGGCUCGGCAACAUUUUUAUAGUGUGUGGCAAACAACACUGCGCGUGUAUCGAUUCAGGGAACAACUACGAGCCGUUAGAAUUACCUUCGUUCUAUACAGGCCGUCCCAGACCACCCGGCCACCCCUAUCAAAAUGGAGGGGAGUGGUUCUAUGGAAAAUCUGUGAAACAAUAAAUAUACAUAUAUCGAAUAUUGAUACUGUCCUCUUCCGAUAACUGGAUUUUCGGUUCAAGUCAGUGGUCGAGUUUAUCGAAUGGAACGGAGUAGAUCUUUUGUUGCGGGUUUAAGUUCCAGGAAAUGAGAAAGUUUUAUAACAAAUGUUCUUUUUUUAAAUUGUUUCCGUCGGCCUUGAAAUAUGUAAAGAAAGGAUUUCUGGAAACAUAAGUUUUGACCUCCUAUCUGUUAAACCAAUAUCAAAACUAAUUAAGUGGAUUCAAUCUUCAAGCAAGAACGUUUUCAAGGAGGAAAGCAAGAUGAAUAAAAAACAAAGUAUGGCCAUUGAUUUUCAAGAUAAUAUGAUAUUAUUAACAAGAAAGUAUUUAAAACGCAAGAUUAUGUGUCCUGAAACAAAGUUCAGGCAUCAUGUGAAAGAGCGCAUGCAUGUACUGGAGUUAUUGAAGCGAACAGUUGACAUGGGGGAAAGUAAUUCUGCUUUGUUAAUUGGUCCUAGAGGUAGUGGAAAGACCACACUGAUUAACAGUGUUUUAAAAGAGCUAUCAUCUAUAAAGAGUUUCAAAGAGAAUGCUCUAAUAGUAAAUCUUCAUGGUCUUGUUCAUACUGAUGAUCGUUUAGCCCUGAAAGAUGCUACUCGUCAAAUGCAAUUAGAAAAUGUGGUUGGAGAUAAAGUUUUUGGUACAUUUGCAGAGAAUUUAUCUUUUCUGCUUGAAUGUUUGAAAUCUGGAGAUAAGAAACGUUCAAAACCAGUUAUUUUUAUAUUAGAUGAAUUUGAUUUAUUCUGUGAACAUCACAACCAGACUUUGUUGUAUAAUUUGUUUGAUAUUGCUCAAUCUGCUCAAGCCCCAAUAUGUGUGAUUGGAAUGACGUGUAGAUUGGAUGUAAUAGAACUUUUAGAAAAAAGAGUUAAAUCUAGAUUUUCCCAUCGUCAGAUAUUUUUAUUCCCUGGUGAUACAUCAUCAGCUGAGCAGCCAACAUCUCCAUUUGAUGAUCGUUUAGAACUCUUCCAACAUCUUCUUAGUCUUCCUGAUGAUGAGAAUGUAAAUAGGAUAGAGCAGCAAUAUGAUGAUUGUACAAUAGAUCCACAAUUUGGUUCCAUGUGGAAUGAUUACAUAAAAAGCUUAGUCACUAAUGCAACCAUGGUGAACUUGUUGAAGAGAAUGUAUCAAAUGGAUGUAAGUGAAAGGAGCUUUAGAAAUUUUUUGGCAGUGGCUGUGUCCACCUUGUCAGAGAAGCAUCAGAGAUUGGAAGUAAAUGACUUUGUGGAGGCUAGUAAAAUAUUUACUCAGGAUGAUAAGGUUUUGAUGCUUGAGGGAUUGUCUGUUUUAGAAAUAUGUUUAGUAAUAGCAAUGAAACAUGAGACCGAGAUUUAUGAUGGAGAACCAUUAAAUUUCGAAGCGGUGUAUAAUCGUUAUAAUAAAUUUGCUACUCAGCAUUCGUCCAUACAAAGUGUGCAAAGGCCUGUUAUUAUGAAAGCUUUCGAACACAUUAAGAACUUGGAGAUACUAAUGCCAACAAGUGGUAUAAACUCGAAAGUUGAGAAAGAGUAUCAGUAUUACAAAUUCUUAUUAACAUCUCAACAAGUCAUGGAUGCUGUAAAAAAUUAUCCUGGGAUACCAACAGAAGUCUCUCAAUGGGCAUUGAGCACUAUGUAAUGAUGAUAAUCUGUGCAUGAGGUAAUGGGUACCAUUGAAAAUCGCAUACGUGAUGCUCAUCUGUAAUUUUAGCAUGUAAAGUAUUCUUCUAGCGGGCAUCCGAUAUUUUCCAUAGAUUCUCAAGGGAAAUGCAUCAGUGCUAGAAAGUAGCAAAACGUUUGAUUCCAUACGAAAAUUCAUUUUGCUACAACUAUUUAUUAGAGAAGGCGAAAUUCAGUUUCCUAUGCUGUAUUUUGUACAAAUGUUUUAGUGUGCGUGUUCACUUCGGUAGUAUAUGCCCUCGCAUAUACUAAAACUACUAGUUAAGCAUUGGAGUAAUGUCAACUAUUUUCUCAAAAGUUGCUGUAUCUAUUAUCUAACGUGUUUUUACAGGCAAUAUCAUUGUUUGCAUCAGCUACAUGCGUCUUAUCACAAACUUGUAAAUAGAUUGAACUAUCGAGAGUAUUAAGUAAGGUAGAUGAAAUUUAUUUUGUGAUCUAUCAGUACUGUCUUUGACAAUUUAUUCCUGCCAACGACAGCAUGACGAAACGUCCAAUAUUACGUCCGUAAUGAUUAUAAAAGACAAACUACUAUUCACAGAAAUAUUUUAUUUGAAGAUCUGCUACGGUAGAGAUAACUUUCUCAUAUGUGCCAUGCUGUUAGACAUUUUCUUAAUAUAAUAUAUAUACUUACAUAUAGAUAUUGUAUAACGUGUAUUUACUGUGUCUGUGAUCUCUGGACAGAUUGACUCCCUUCCUAUUUUGGUGUGUGUGUAAUUAUCAUAUUCGUAACUACAUAAGAUUUUAAUUAUUUAUCAAAGAAUGUGUGUACAACGUACGUGUCUCAGUAAUGUGCGAAAGCGUUGGAACGUGUAUGGGAAUAUAUUUAUACGUUUCUAAUAAAUUUACAUUCGAUAAA